CCUCUGUAGCUGCAAUAGUUUUUUUUCCAAUUCAUCACAUUCGAUAGAAAUAGCGUAACAGUUUCAUCUUUGCAAAAAUUUAAAUGCCGCAAAGAUUUUGAAUUUCAAAAAGAAAAUCUCAACGUUGGUUGGAGGUGGAUAAUAAAUUGUGAAUCCGAUGAAUAUAUUUAUCUCUUCAUUAUUCUAUAUGCUUUGUUGGUGCUAAUAAAAUGUUAUUGAUUACGGAUUAUUAAAGUCACUGGAUAUUAAAUUACGAAAAGUUACACUUUUGUGCUGUGCUAGGUAAAGGAAAAUUGUUUAAUUGGAUUAACGGUCUUUUCAUUUUUGCUCGGUAUUUUUAAAUUGAACGAAACCGAAUGUGAAUUAUUUAAAGUGUUGAUAUUAUCAUCCAAAUUGUAAAUUGUUAGACACGAAUUUUUCUUGCAUCUGUAGCAAGUUACUUUUGCGUCACAAGUUAACCGAAUCAAAAAUUUUGUUUUUGUCCAGAGGACAUUGCUUAGCGAGCCAUGGAAAAGUUACACUCAUAUCAAGGUUGGACGGGCAGAUUUCAUGGAUGGAAGGACGAUUUGAGGGCCCGUUACGAUAAUUGGCGUGAAGAGCAUCCGGAAACGGUAAUUGAAUUAGUGAAACGAGUAGCGAAGGAACAGGCAGAACGCGGAGGAGAAGCAACAGAUGAUUAUUCGCACAUUUAUAGAACUAAAACGCGGUUGGAACUGAUACAAAUCUCAUGCGCCGUUAUGGGUAUCGAAUUUUCCUAUGCUGCUGAGACUGCUUUCGUAUCGCCAACAUUGCUGAAAAUUGGCGUCGAACAUCAACAUAUGACGUUGGUGUGGGCUCUAUCGCCGUUGGUUGGAUUUUUUCUGACGCCAAUACUUGGCUCGAUAAGCGAUCGAUGUCGAUUGAGUUUAGGUCGCCGACGGCCGUUCAUUGUUCUUCUAUCGAUUGGCGUCUUCUUGGGAUUACUGCUCGUUCCAAAUGGCGAAGAUUUGGGAUAUCGAUUCGGUGAUUUCAAUCCGUACGAACAAAAUAGCUCGUACAUUCCGAAGCCGGUUACAUCACAUCGAUCAACAGCAAUUGACGAUCCAACUACAGAAAAUAAAAGUGGAAUAACGCCCCAUCCAUGGGGUAUAUUGUUCACCAUAUUGGGAACGGUUCUAUUGGAUUUCGAUGCCGAUGCUUGUCAGAGUCCGGCUCGAGCUUACUUACUGGAUGUUACAAUUCCCGAUGAUCAUGCGAGGGGACUGUCUACAUUUACCGUUAUGGCAGGACUCGGUGGUUUUAUGGGCUACUCAUUGGGCGGAAUAAAUUGGGACGCAACUUUUAUUGGCGCACUACUAGGUGGACACGUACGAGCUGUAUUCACCUUAGUAACAAUUAUCUUCAUUAUUUGUGUCAGUGUGACCGUUACAAGCUUUCGUGAAAUUCCCCUCUGGCGACUUGAAGCUCAACCGGAAAAACUACCCAAUUUCUUAGAUGAUGAGAGUGUGCAUGACCACCAGGAGGCAGAAAUGACCAACGAAACGAAAUUGAUUGACAAUAAUGAAACGACCGAUAAGAUGACAAAAACAUCUUCUUAUGGUGCUAUGGGAAAUGAACAACUCGAUGUUCCACCUAACAAUAAGCGACGAUACACUAUGCCGCCACUGCCAACGAAUCCAGAAUAUGCAAGCCUAUCCGGACAAAAUGCCGACGAGAACACAUUCAAUCAAGGUGCAAACAUUCAGCCAUCGAUACCGAUCGGUCACGAGGAAGGCGUCGCAUCAUUGUCCCAUUAUUUGAUGUCCAUUGUUUUUAUGCCACAUUCUUUGCGAAUGGUUUGUCUGACCAAUUUGUUCUGUUGGAUGGCUCAUGUUUGCUACUCGUUGUAUUUUACUGACUUCGUUGGCGAGGCUGUCUUUGGGGGUAAUCCAAAAGGAGCUGAAGGCAGUGACGAACAAAUGCUGUAUGAACAAGGAGUCCGCUUUGGCUGCUGGGGUAUGGCUAUGUACUCUUUGUCAUGCGCAUGCUAUUCAUUAAUUAUAGAGAAAUUGAUUAAUCGAUUUAAGGCAAAGAAUGUGUACAUCGGUGGUUUGCUAUUUUAUUGCACCGGUAUGUCGUUGAUGGCUCUAACCAGGGCUCGUGCAUCGGUGAUAAUAUUUAGUUGGGCUGCGGGUGUAAUGUACUCGACAUUGUUCACGAUGCCAUAUCUACUCAUAGCUCAUUAUCACGCUCAAGGAACCUUCGAAACGCACGUCAAUGGCGAAGCGAAAAUGGGCACCGAACUGCGUGGCCUGGGAACGGAUGUGGCGAUUGUGAGUAGCAUGGUGUUUCUAGCUCAGUUCAUUUUGUCACUGUGCAUGGGAACUAUUGUGUCAUGGAGCGGAACAACCACUGCCGUCGUUAGCGUUGCAAGUUUUCUAAGUCUUUGUGGUGCAUUAUCAGCUACUCAGAUCAUGUAUUUGGAUCUUUAAUUGGAAGUGAAAUGUGCGAUAAAUUACAACAUAAAUGUUAAGAUUGUUGUGUAUAUGUUACUGGCUGAAAUAAUAAUCAAUAUAGAAUACAUGAUUACAAAGACACUUCUCUUUCAUUUAACAUUGCAACAGAAAUUUAAACAAAACAGAAGACGGAAUCACACAAAAGUGA